AUGCUUGCAAUUCGACUGUUGCCAUUUCGGGCAACCCAGGGAUCUCAAGUCCUCCGGGGCAAUGCACGGCUCCCGCUCCAACAGCGCGGAGCCCUGUGCACCCGUGACACGUCUCGCCCUCGAUGCAUCUCCAGUCUGACUCAAUCGUCAGGUCUGGCCCGGUUACCUACCAGUCAAUUACGAAUCCGGGGAUGUCAGGAUCCAUCCUACAGGACGUCCCUGCUCAUUAAGAGAUGGUCAACAUCAAAAACACCGGAAGAUCCAAAAGAUCCCAAAGAGUCGGGCUCCAAAACGCUGCGCUCGGCCACAAAACGCAUUCUUUCCAAAAUUCCCCUUCAAUCAAGCCAUGAGAACAUCUACACAGUCCCUAACAUCCUCACAUUCUCUCGACUGGUCGCCGCGCCCGUGGUGGGGUAUCUGCUCGUGAACAACUACCAUGCAGCCGCACUAUCCCUGUUCGCAUAUGCGGGCAUCACCGACUUGGUCGAUGGCUGGAUCGCCCGAAAGUACCAUCUGCAGACGGUAGUGGGCACCAUCAUCGACCCAAUGGCCGAUAAGCUGCUGAUGACAAUUGGAGUGGCUUGCCUGGCAGUUAACGGAUCUCUUCCCGUGUGGCUCGCCGUUAUCAUCCUCGGUCGAGACGUCGGUCUGGCCAUCUCGGCUAUCUAUUACCGCUGGAUCUCGCUUCCGCCGCCUAAAACUAUGGCUCGGUACUGGGACUUCUCUCUGCCCUCAGCUGAAGUCAAGCCCACUGAGAUCUCCAAGAUCAACACGGCUCUCCAGCUGGUGUUAGUUGGCAGUGCGAUUGCCCUCCCCGUUGUUCCCGAGGCGGUCAUUAGUGCCUGGCAUCUGAGUGAGGCCAUGACUGCAUUCCAGUACCUUGUGGCGGGCACAACCAUCUGGUCCGGCCUGAGCUACGUCUUCUCCAACAACGCAGUGAAGAUCCUCUCCCACGAGGAAGUCCAAAAGCGAAUCGCACAGGCCGCGGCGAAGAGAAAGCCCUAG